AACACAAAAAUCACAUCACACUGAUCAGCGAAACAGUGUUUCGAAUUUUCCAGGGAAAAGCUCGGUGGUUAGAUUCCGGAUACUUCUCCGAUCGGAGAGGUUACCGGCGGCGAAGUGGACCCCAGCACCCCUCAAUUCCUGAUUGUGGAGGAGUUUUGUCUGGUUUUGUGCAUAUUUAUGAGCACGAGAUCUCGAAAUUCCAUAAACAGUUUGACUUUUGGGAAAGAUUGGAGGUGGGAAUGAGGCAAAUAGGUGAUAAGUUUGACGUUCUUGUGAUCCUGGUGUUUUUGCUCUUGGUUUCUACCAUAUCAAAGGCAUCUGAAAGCAAAGAUGGCUUCAAUCGGUGUGAACACAUUGUCAAACAGUGGGCGUCUUCUUCACUUGACUUGGAAGUCAAAGAUGACAAACAUGUCUUGCAGAACUUGCUCUUUUUUCUUCAUGUCCCCAGGACUGGAGGGCGAACAUAUUUUCAUUGUUUUCUUAAAAAGCUUUAUGCCAGUUCAUUGGAGUGUCCACGUUCUUAUGACAAGUUAAGGAUUGAUCCAAGAAAACCAAAAUGCCGCUUGUUGGUUACUCACAAUGACUACAGCAUGAUGUCCAAACUUCCCAAGGAUGAAACUUCUGUGGUGACAAUCCUUAGAAAUCCAAUUGACCGUGUUUUUAGUGCUUAUGAGUUUUCUGUGGAGGUAGCAGCUAGGUUCUUGGUGCACCCUAACUUAACGUCUGCCACUAGAAUGUCUGGACGGCUGCGUUCGAAAAAUACAAUAAGCACUCUAGAUAUUUGGCCAUGGAAGUACUUGGUCCCUUGGAUGAGAGAAGAUCUAUUUGCUCGAAGGGAAGCAAGAAAGCAAAAGGGCAAUUCUGUUGUUGCAAGCACUAAUCCAUAUGAUAUGGAGGAGAUGGUGAUGCCUCUACAUGAAUAUAUCAACAACCCUAUUGCUCGGGACAUCAUUCACAAUGGAGCCACGUUUCAGGUCGCGGGACUUACAAACAACUCUUAUCUGACAGAGGCACAUGACGUUCGUCACUGUGUACUGAAGUAUCAGUCUCUUGGAGAAUAUGUGUUGAAGGUUGCAAAGAAGAGGUUGGAUGAUAUGUUGUAUGUUGGACUCACAGAAAACCACAAGGAAUCAGCCACCAUGUUUGCAAAUGUAGUCGGUACUCAGGCAAUUUCACAGUUCACUGGUUCUAGAUCACAUGGAGAUCAUGCUGCUAACAACAAUUCAGAACAGAGAUCUUCACUGCUAGAAUCUGAUUUUGAUAACACUUAUCACCAUAACAACAGCUCAUACGAAAAGCCCAGUCAAAUCUCAUCAGUUGAGCGAGGUGAAGCGACAAAGGAAAAUAUGACUGUAGGAAAACUCAUGGAUGUGUAUGAAAGCUGCAUUUCGAACUUAAGGAAGUCCCAGUCUGAAAGACGUGUAAAUUCUCUAAAGAAAAUUUCUCCAGCAAAUUUUACAAAGGAGGGACGUCGUCAGGUGUCUGAAGCACUUCUUCAGGAGAUCACAUCGUUAAACAGCCUAGACGUGGAGCUUUAUAAAUAUGCCCAAACGAUCUUUGCAAAUCAACACAAACUCAUGUUGCAGAACAAGAUUGUCACAAACCAGCAGGACCAUGGAUUCGACGAAUCAUAUAGUGCAUUUUCUUGGGAAGCCAUUUCUAUUGCCGUUUCCGUGCUCUUUGUGCUUCUAUUUGCUGUCCUGUUUGUAACUGCAAAAAGAAGAACAUCCAAACUUAAGUUAUGAUACAACUGUAUUGCAAUAUCACCAACAUUAGUGACCGGAAAAAAAAAAAGGAAAAGAAAUUGAAUAGAAAGAUAAAUUUAGCUCAGUUAGCAUGUAAGAUGAUCAUGCCUUAUUAGUGGAGGUAACUACACCCACAUGCAAUUUUGUGAGUAAAUCAAAGCUUAAUGUAAAAUUUUGUUUAUGUCAGAUCCAAUACUGGCUACUGGUUCUUA